GCAUUUUAAGAGAUGGAAAAGUGAAGAUUUUUCAUCUCUUAAAAUUAUAGUAGCUCACUCCUUGUGUUUUCCAAGUUAUGAAAUUCUAAAUUUGUGUUUUUCCUCGGAGAAUUUUUUGUUAGCUUUCUUUAUAUACACAUAGUGUAAGAUUUUCAAGAAUUUGGUCUUGUGAUUUUUUUGGAAAUGGAAGAACUAGGCGAAAUUACAAAGGCCCAUUACCGAGCAGGAUCUCAACGGGUCAAAGACUUAGCAUAUGAUUUCUUCAAAUCGAUGGACACAGAUGGAGACGACCAAGUCGAUAGGUCCGAGUUCCUAGCCUUCAUGAGGCAACAAGGCUGCUAUCCCUACAUGCAAAACCCUUCUUUCUUCAAUAAGCUCGACGUAGACGGCAGCGGCACCCUUGAGUUCUUCGAGGUCAUGACGCUGUACUACAUCAUGAAGAGCGGCCGCCCCUUCUGCGACAUGUGCGGCCAAUUCAUCACCGGAAUAUUCUUCUCUUGCGUCCAGUGCUUUAAGAAUCCCCAAACCUCGUACAAUCUAUGUCUUGAUUGCUACAGCGGGGAGAAGAAAUGCAAUCAUACUCACAACGGCCGGUCUCAGUUCUUGGACAAUUUUGUGUUUUUGCAAGCUAUGAGAGAUCCGAAGCUUGCUCAUGCGUUGGAAGUUAAUUUUAAUGAGGUGGGGAAUAGGCCGACAAAUGCCAUAGUUCCAUUACAACAUGAUAGCACUGUGCAUAUUCAAAAUGCAAAUAAUGUUCCAGGGCCAUCAAACUCAAAGUGGAGCAAAGUUAAGCUUGCAUUUGAUGCAUUUGAAGCAUCAAUCAACGUUGGGAUCCUUUCCAACGCCCUCGGCCUCUGCACUAUUAUGUAACAAUAUGAGAGAGCCAAACAAAGUCAUAAAGAAAAAGGGCGAAAAAAGUGUAUUUCCUUUGUACGCACAGUCUAUGAAUGUUGAUUGGAGUACUUCUUUUCUUAUUCAUGUAAUAUGCAUCCCUUAUUUUUGGGUGUAUGUCUAAGUGUGAAAGACGUCAUUUUAAAUCCAAAAUAUGCAGUACUAUUUUCUUGUA